CCCUCAAAUUUCCACAAUGGGGCAAAUGGCUCUGUCCAAGCAUGACCAAAGAACAAGUCUAACAUUAGUCUUCUCAGUUGAAUCAUUUCUACUAGUUUUAUUACUCUUCUCGCUUGUCACCUCUUCAUUCUCUGAGAUCUUUUUCGAAGAACAGUUUGAUGUUGAUUGGAAGAGCAGAUGGGUGAAGUCUGACUGGAAAAGGAGUGAAGGGAAAGCAGGUUCAUUUAAGCAUACAGCUGGAAAAUGGGCUGGUGAUCCUGAUGAUAAAGGUAUUCAGACAUCAAGCGAUGCCAAACAUUUCGCCAUUUCUGCUAAGGUACCAGAAUUUAGCAACAAGAACAGAACUUUGGUUGUACAAUAUUCUAUAAAGUUUGAGCAAGACAUUGAGUGUGGUGGAGGUUACAUAAAGCUUCUCUCUGGAUAUGUCAACCAGAAGAAAUUCGGGGGAGACACCCCUUACAGUAUGAUGUUUGGACCGGAUAUCUGUGGUACACAGACAAAGAAACUUCAUGUUAUACUUUCCUACCAAGGCCAGAAUUAUCCCAUCAAAAAGGAUCUACAAUGUGAAACAGACAAAUUAACCCAUUUCUACACAUUCAUUCUUAGACCUGAUGCAUCAUACAGCAUCUGGAUUGAUGGUCGAGAAAGGGAUUCUGGAAGCAUGUAUACGGACUGGGAUAUCCUUCCUCCUCGGAAAAUUAAAGAUGUAAAUGCAAAAAAGCCUGCAGAUUGGGAUGAUAGAGAAUAUAUAGAGGACCCAAACGAGGUCAAACCAGAGGGAUAUGACUCUAUUCCAAGAGAGACUCCUGACCCAAAAGCUAAAAAGCCUGAUCACUGGGAUGAUGAAGAGGACGGUAUCUGGAGACCACCAAAAAUACCUAAUCCAGCGUAUAAGGGUCCAUGGAAACGAAAGAAAAUAAAGAACCCUAAUUAUAAAGGUAAAUGGAGGACUCCUUGGAUUGAUAAUCCAGAAUUUGAAGAUGAUCCUGACCUCUAUGUGCUGAAGCCUAUCAAAUAUGUUGGGAUCGAAGUUUGGCAGGUGAAGGCAGGUUCUAUUUUUGACAACAUACUGAUAUGCGAUGAGCCAGAUUAUGCAAAGAAAGUGAUUGAGGAAGUCUUUGCUAAUAGGGAGGCUGAAAAGGAGGCUUUUGAGGAAGCAGAGAAAGUGAGAAAAGCAAAAGAGGAAGAGGAAGCCCGAACAGCAAGAGAGGAAGGUGAAAGGAGGAGAAGAGAAAGGGAUAGAAACAAGAGGCGCUAUCGCCGUGAUUACUAUGAUGACUAUCAUGAUGAACUUUGACUUAGUGUUCAAGGCCAUGUUACAUCUUCUAUUCUUGAGAGGGAAAUCUUAGCUUCAUUCAUUUGGGCUUUGUGUGUUCUCUUCCUGUUGUAUUUUACUCCAACAGUAGCUUUAUAUUUGCAUAGUGCAAUGUGUUAGGCGCAAGACAGAUACUUUUCCAUCUUAUUUAGCUUCUUUUGAAAAGCUGCUUUGCCAAGCAAAACGUGGCUAAGUAUUUGAAAAUCUUGAGAAUUAUCUUACGGAUUCAAGCCGUGGAAACAAUAGACCCUUGUGGUCAGUGGGAGCUUAGUGUGUGUAUUGAGAAUGAAGAACCUUUUGGUGGGGAGCGUUUCACCCCCUCGGAA